AUAGCACAUACACGUCCAUUCUGCAGCUCAAGCUCAGCAGCUUGCGGUGUUUUGUCAUUCUCGCGCAGCUUGUCCAGCACUUUGGCCAUGUACAGCGCCGUGAACUGCUCCUCCUGCGGCACCGGAGCACUGUCCUCGGCUUCAGGCAUCAUUUUGUCGGAAACCUUUUCCACUUUUCGUACCACGCAAAAAUUGGGUCUUUGUGCGGGGCAAAUCGCAAAAAAAAUGGGUCCAGAGAGCGCCGGCAGGGUGGAAGUUGAAACAGAUGCCCUGCUCUUAUCCGCACAACGAGAUGAAGACGGCGGCUUCAUGCUGGGCACAUUUCCACAUUUGACAAGGGAGCAGCACUUUUAUCAUGGCGAGCACGAAGAAGGAGCACAAGCAGCACGACGAGCACAAGCAUGACGACGGGCUGCCGCUGUUGGACGCGGACAGACACCCGCGGGACAGCAUCCACACGGCGCUGCUGGAAGAUAAGACCCCCGAGAUUCUGUUUCAUGAGGACGCCAUCGGGGAAACUGACUCGGACAACGAGGACGACGAUGUCGUGUCUAUUGACGGCUCCGUUGUCUUUGACGAGGACGCCAAGAUGGUCAUGUACAAGUCGACAGGGAAAGUGGGAUCCAAGCAGAAAUGGGGACAUGAGCCUGUUGCAGCGAACUUCCAGAUGCUCAGCGUGGGAAUCGCAAUGGCGGACGGAGUCGUCGUCAAGGUAGAAGGCUGCUAUCUGCCUGAGGAUCAGAAGGCGACAACGGGGAUGCAGGCCUUUGAGCUUAAGAAGGACGAGUGUAUCAGCAAGGUGCAUUUGUUCCGGGUCCGACGGGAGAUCCACGCGAUUCAGUUUGUGACCAAUCUGCGCACGUCGGAACGGUUUGGAGGCACUAAGCACGGAGAGCUAUGCAAGGCCGUGGAGGCGCCAGAGGGCAAGUACAUUGCCAGCUUCUUUGGGGACAUCUCGAGAGGCGAGGAGGAGAUGGAGUUGGGCGUGCGGUUUGCAAACCGACCGACGGGUGGCGAAUCGACCGAGGCGGACGUAGCGGAGAUCGAUCAAGUGAAUUAA